AUGGGAAAAGUGAAAUUUUUGCUUAUCUCGUUUUUUGAUGUUUUCAAUGACAUAAAAUUUGUGGGAAACUAUUUCAGCGAAUCAUUGCUUAAUAUUAUCGAUCUUAUGACCUGGCCACGAUUGCAAUUUGAUGAAAUUACUGGUAAAUUUUCUUUUCAGCGUGUUCAACGUAGCAGUUUAUUUGAUCGACAUCGUCUGACAUUUGUCGAAGUACUUUUAGGAUCAACAGAAAAAGUUGAUGAUGUAAUAUUGCUUGGGAUGCUAAUUCAGACGAGUGUAAAUAGUUAUCAGAUUGAAGAUCUAACAGGAUCAAUGGAAGUAGAUCUGAAUGGUGCAAAAUUUUAUUCUGGUCUUUUUACUGAUGGUUGUAUUAUGUUGAUGGAAGGGCAUUACAAUAAAGGUAUACUGUAUGUAAAUGGCAUUGGUUUGGCUCCAAUUGAGACAGCUGAUGAAACAAGAGCUCACAUUGGUCAGGAAAAUUGGUUCGGUGGAGAAUCUAGUAUUGCAGUACGUGAAGUACCUAGAUUAGUGAAUGCUUGUCGGAAGAAUCUUGAUGCAAGCAUUAUAUUCGCUUCUGAUGUUUGGUUGGAUGAUCAGAGGGUAGGUCGAUUCAUAUUUUUGUUAAUUAUUUGUUUUUACCCAUCUCAUUUUUUGUAA